AUGGAUGCGUUUAGAGGUUCUUGGGCAAGCACUAGUACUAGUUUCAGUACCAGAAAUCCACAUCAUCAGUCUAGAAGAUAUAAUAAUGGAAACAACCACAACCAAUUUUCUGCUUCCAAUUUCUUUCACUCCCCUUUAUCAACAUUCUUUGAAUACACGGGUAUAUCGAGAACAGGGGCUUCUAGGAAUUCCGAAUCAUCAGCUCGUAGGUUCACCCAGAAUAAUUUUUCUGGUGAUGGGGAUAACAAUGGGGAAAUAUCCAUUAGGAUCAUUGGUGGUGGAGAACAAGAACACAGGGAUGGGGUUGAUCAGGUGAGAGAAGGGAUGACUACACAGAAUGAGACAUCUAUUCAACCAAUUUCUAGACCCGAUUCUGCGGUUGUAUUAGAUGCUCAGGUAGAUUCUAGGAGUGAUAGCGGUGUAAAUGUUGAAGGUAAUUAUGGUUCUGGGGAUGGGAGUGUUGACGUGGAGGCUUCGGAUGGUGGUGCUGGGGUUAACAACACCAGAAAUUCUUCUGACCAGAGAAACGGGGUUGAUCAGGCUACCACGUGGAUUGAGCAGGUUCUUCCAUUCAUUUUGCUACUGUUGGCCGUCUUCAUUCGCCAACAUCUGCAAGGUCUUCUUGUCACGAUCUCGAUUGCUGCUUUCUUGUUCAAAUCAAAUGACAUUCUAAGGAAACAGACAGCUCUUAAGGGAGAUAGGAAGAUAUCAGUUUUAACGAAUGUUUCUCUCUUCUUCACCCUUUAUGUGGCUGGGGUUUAUUGGUGGUAUCGCAAGGAUGAUCUCCUUUAUCCAUUGCUCAUGCUCCCUCCCAAAAAUAUACCGCCUUUUUGGCAUGCAAUUUUUAUAAUAGUGGUGAAUGAUAUUUUGGUGAGGCAAGCAGCCAUGGUGGUAAAGUGUUUGCUCUUGAUGUAUUACAAGAAUAGCAAAGGACUAAAUUACCGAAAGCAGGGUCAAAUGCUAAGAUUGGUGGAGUAUUUAUUACUGCUAUACCGUGCCUUGCUGCCUGUUCCUGUGUGGUAUCGGUUCUUUUUGAACGAAGAGUAUGGCAGCCUAUUUUCUGCACUAAUAACUGGAUUGUAUCUGACAUUCAAACUCACCUCUUUAGUUGAAAAGGUUCAAUCCUUGUCUUGUGCUCUCAAGGCAUUGUCUCAUGAGGAGAUUCAUUAUGGAACUUAUGCAACAACUGAGCAGGUGGAUGAAGGUGGUGAGAUUUGUGCUAUUUGCCAAGACAAAAUGCGUGCUCCAGUGAUGCUGUGUUGCAAACACAUAUUUUGUGAAGACUGUGUAUCAGAGUGGUUGGAAAGGGAAAAGACAUGUCCAUUGUGCAGAGCGGUGGUGAAACAUUCAGAUGAUCUUAAAUCGUUUGCUGAUGGAUCAACUACUUUAUCCUUUCAGUUGUUUUGA